CGAAUAACAAGCAAAUGCCACCUCAAACCUCAAAACUAAUGGACGACGAUGCACACGAAGUCGACAGCUACACCACGGACAAUCAAUGCAUGAGUCAUGAUGGUGCCACGUGCCGCAACGAUAGCCUCAUGUCGAGCUGCAGAUCAAUCUCACGAUCACUCCAGUCCACGGAACGCAGCUCCAUCAUAGGACGCGUGACCACGCUUUGGUCCAAGUACGCCGUGGCUCUCAACGACAUCGAGCACGUCCACAUUGAUUCGCACAAGAUUGUCAAAUGUGCCGAUGCUCGGCGACUAUCUACAGUGGCCUACUCGAUGGACGUGUAUCUUGCGGUGGCGGAACUUGGUAUUUAUGACCACUGGACCUCCAGACAACCACAUUAUCAAGUCCAGCAUCGAUACUCUGACUGUCGAACCCUCCGUCUGUCUCUUAUCACCUCCGUCCUCGACGCCCAUCGCGACCAAUCCUGCGAAUUUUGCAAAUGCAUGUUCAACUUCUUUGUGUCGUUUCCAUUCCCAAAGCGAUGGCCCAAAGUACUGGUGCAAACGGUGCCUGGAUGGCAUUCCCUUCUCAUUCGCUGCCGAAAACAAGGGCUACAAAACUGGGUCAACCGACUGCUUUUCAUGGCCCGCCACCUCACCGCUCGCGGGUUUGCAUCCCUACGCUGCGAUGGCUACAGCACCGUCAUGUACAUUCUCAAGGAUUUCCUUCUCGAGCCAAGUACACGUCCGUCGUGUCAGUAAUAUGAAUGUACUGUUUCGAUGUUGAUUGCAAGGAUAUCAUCGUUAACUAUGGAUCGGCG